AUGGAGGGUGCAGCUGCAGAUUUCUCGCUCCAGGCUACAGUGGAUCACGUCUGUCAUUGCUCUAGAGACGCCCAGCAACACUCACUCCAACCAGGAGAACAGCCACAGAGCAGCCCUGUUUUAUGGAGGCCCUGGAUGCUCACAGCCAGAGAUGGUGAAAUGACAGAGAAUCAACAAAUGUCAGAACUGGAUGGUCAACUGAUGAAUUUUAGAUCAAAAGGAGCCCUGGGGUUUCAACAUCCAGUGAGACUAUAUUUGCCUAAGUCCAAAUCCCAAAAGUUUCUUAAUAACAUCGGAGAAAAGGUUCUGGCUAGUUUUCCAGUACAAGCUACAAUUCAUUUCUACAAUGAUGACACUGACUCUGAGGAAGAUGAAGAAGAAAACAGUUCAGCCUAAUAAUGAACAGUUGUCAGCCUUUACAAAAACGUAACCAAAAAAUAAAUAAAUCAAGAAAUCAAAAAAGGAACUGUUACAAAUGCAUGGACAAACAUUUGACUGAACAAAGAAACACAUCAAAGCUUAUGAAGACUAUUUAUAGCUAUAUAACCAAGAAGAAUGAGUCAAUGCAACUGGAAAUUAAGAGGAAAUCCUUUUGUGUUUUGAGAGACUUAAAUAAAACCCUGAAACUUAAAAAAAAAAAA